GUGAAGGGAAAUGCAAUCUCUGUGUUCGACGUUAGUCGCUGACUUCGCUGCUAACGUUCUGUUAUGAGUUGCUAAAAUCAUGGUGAAAUGUUGCUCGGCCAUUGGAUGUGCUUCCCGCUGUUUGCCAAAUUCCAAGUUAAAAGGACUGACCUUUCAUGUAUUCCCCACAGAUGAAAACGUCAAAAGAAAAUGGGUAUUAGCAAUGAAAAGACUUGAUGUGAAUGCUGCAGGCAUUUGGGAGCCUAAAAAAGGAGACGUGUUGUGUUCAAGGCACUUUAAGAAGACAGAUUUUGACAGAAGUGCUCCAAAUAUUAAACUGAAACCUGGAGUCAUACCUUCUAUCUUUGAUUCCCCAUCUCACUUACAGGGGAAAAGAGAAAAACUUCAUUGUAGAAAAAACUUCACCCUCAAAACCCUUCCAGUCACAAACCACAAUCAUCAGCUUGUUGGUGCUUCCUCAUGUACUGAAGAAUUCCAAUCCCAGUUCAUUUUUGAACAUAGCUACAGUGUAAUGGACAGUCCAAAGAAACUUAAGCAUAAAUUAGAUCAUGUGAUCAGCGAGCUAGAGGAUACCAAGAAAAGUCUGCGGAAUGUUUUAGACCGAGAAAAACGUUUCCAAAAAUCAUUGAGGAAGACAAUCAGGGAAUUAAAAGAUGAAUGUCUCAUCAGCCAAGAAACAGCAAAUAGACUGGAAGCUUUCUGUUGGGAGUGUUGUCAGGAGAGCAUAGAAAGAGACUAUAUUUCAUGAAAUAAUUCCAUGUUAUGUUCUACCUAAAAUUAACAUUGGUACAGCUUUUUAGAAAAUAAUUCUCAUUUGCCAUCAUUAAAUAU